AAAAAAAUCGCGACACUUGAUAAAAUUCUAAUUGUGCAGAAAAAUUGUUUUUUGAAACGAACAUGCAUUCGAAAACUCUUCUUACUCUGCUUGUACUGGCUGCAUUACUGGCAUCAGCACCCUCCAUCGAUGGCGCUAAAAUACUUGCAGUUUACGCAUAUCCCGGCAAAAGUCAUUUUAUGAUGCAUCGUGUGCUGAUAAGCGAGCUGGUGAAAAAUGGGCAUGAGGUUACGAUGAUAACAGCUUAUACGAUGACGUCACUCAAUCUGGGCAGCAACUACACAGAGAUACUCAUCGAACCGGUUUAUGAUUACUUGAAGGAUAUACAAACAAGUUCUGGCGUCAAUUCGAUAUUUGAUAUGUCAAAGGACGUGUCUGGCUUUUUGAUUAUGAUUAAAUCAUUAUGCAUAGCCAGCACUGAGCACGCGCUCAAACAGCCCAAAGUGCAGGCCAUCAUCAAUGCCAAACAGACCGAAGGUGUCUACGAUUUGCUGUUGGUCGAACAAUUCUAUCAAGAAGCAUUUCUAGUAUUGGCUCACAUCUACAAUAUACCAGUAAUCAGUACAGCGACAUUUGCUAAAGAACAUUAUAUGAGUCAGAUGUUUGGUCUUAUAACACCUUGGUCGUAUGUGCCACACGGUUCGCUACCUCUCACAGAUCAAAUGAGUUUUUGGGAGCGUGUACAAAAUGUCUAUAACUCACUUUACACCGAUUUCAAUCGAGAAUUUCAAUAUUUUCCUAUGGUGGAUGCGAUGGUCGAGAAAUAUUUUGGACAUCUACCAAUCAAAUUCCCAAGCGUUUCAGCAAUGGAGAAGAAUCUCUCUGCCAUAUUAAUCAAUAAUCAUACACCGUUAUCUACGGCAGGCCCAACUAUGGACAAUAUGAUCAAUGUUGGGGGCAUGCACAUUUAUCCACCAAACCCACUUCCCACCGAACUUCAGUCGUUCUUGGAUGGCGCAGAAAACGGUGCCAUCUACUUUAGUUUGGGCAGCCAGGUGGAGAGCAAAGAUAUGCCGGCGGAAAGAUUGCGAAUUUUCCUCGAUGUAUUUCGCAACAUGAAACAACGAGUUUUGUGGAAAUUUGAAAAUGAAAGCAUAAUUAAUUUACCAGCAAAUGUUAUGGUGAAAAAAUGGCUGCCACAAAGCGAUAUUCUAGCACAUCCUAAUGUGCGAGUAUUUAUAACCCACGGCGGCCAGCUGGGCACGCAGGAAGGUGUGCAUUAUGCCGUGCCAAUGCUGGGACUGCCAUUCUAUUGUGACCAGCACUUGAAUUUGAAGAAGGCUGAGUUUGGUGGUUAUGCCAUUACUUUGGAUUUCCACACGCUUACACGUGAUGAUUUGAAGAAUGGUCUGCAGCAGUUGCUUUUCAACUCAACCUAUCGUGACACUAUCAAACGAAUCUCGCGAAUUUUCCACGAUCGUCCCAUGGGUCCACGUGAGACAACGCUCUACUGGAUCGAAUAUGUGAUACGGCACAAGGGCGCUCGUCAUUUGCGCGCUGCUGGUUUGGAUUUGAAAUGGUACCAAUUCUACUUGGUGGAUGUCGUUGUUUCAUUAAUGGCAGCGGUUAUUUUAACGCUGAGCUUGAGUUUUUUGUUAGUGCGCUGGAUUUUCCGCAAUCUCAGUUGUUGGCAAGAAAUUAAACAAAAAACUCAAUAAUGAAUGAUUUUCAUAA